AUGGCUUCCGCCAACCGAAAUCGGCGCCUCCAGAAAGAGAUCCAGGACAUCGCCAAAGACAGGCACUCCGGCAUCAGCAUCACCACGCCCACCGGCAGCUCCGACAUCAUCGACUUCACCCACUUCAAAGGCCAUUUCGACGGCCCACCAGACACCCCUUACGAAGGCGGUCACUACGAAGUCGACAUCAGGAUUGGUGGAGAGUACCCCUUCAAGCCACCGGAGAUGCGUUUCAUCACCAAAAUCUGGCAUCCCAACGUCUCGUCACAGACGGGAGCGAUUUGCCUCGACACCCUCGGGGCGCACUGGAGUCCCGUCUUGACGCUCAAAAGUGCCCUGAUCAGCCUUCAAUCCCUCCUCUCCUCCCCCGAGCCCAAGGACCCGCAAGACGCAGAAGUGGCAAGCAUGCUGAUCACACGCCCGGAGGAGUUUGAGCAUGUGGCAAGAGACUGGGCACAACGAUAUGCAGGCGCGCCAAAGCCUCCUCCCGGCAGCACAAAGACCGGGGCGUCAGGAUCGGGGGACUCGGGGGACGCGGCAGCGGUGAAAUCACAACGCAAGAUGGAAGACCGCGAAUCCAAGCGACGGGAGGAAUACCGGCGGCGGGAGGCGUAUCAGGGGUACAACAAGAACAUGAUCGAUCAAUUCGUGAGCAUGGGCUUUCAGGUCGAGCAAGUGGUCAGUGCUUUUGAGUAUGUGGGCAUCGACAAGGCGGACGGCGAGGAGUAUGAGCUGGAAGAGGAGUACAUUGGAGAUGUGACCGCACGGCUGUUUGGGGAGAUGUGA